CCGGGGCGGGGCCGCUGGCGUUUCCGUUGCUUGGAGCAGUCGGGGUGCAGCUGCCUAGGUCCUUCUCCACCCGCAUCUCUACCUUUCCCCGCGCUCCGCCGCUCUGCAGGAGAUUCGGGGCUCUUAAGUCACACGGGCUGGUCCUGCAUCGCCUUCCCCUGAGCUGACAAGUCGCCAUGGAACAGGUUCCCAAAGGCACCGUGAGUGACUUCCCUGGAUUUGAUGAGCGGGCCGAUGCAGAAACUCUUCGGAAGGCCAUGAAAGGCCUGGGCACCGAUGAGGAGAGCAUCCUGACUCUGUUGACGGCCCGAAGCAAUGCUCAGCGCCAGAACAUCUCCGUGGCUUUUAAAACUCUGUUUGGCAGGGAUCUUUUGGAUGACCUGAAGUCAGAAUUAACUGGAAAAUUUGAAAAAUUAAUUGUGGCUCUGAUGAAACCCUCUCGGCUUUAUGACGCCUAUGAACUGAAGCAUGCCCUCAAGGGAGCUGGGACAAAUGAAAAGGUCCUGACAGAAAUUAUUGCUUCAAGGACACCUGAAGAGCUAAGAGCCAUAAAAGAAGUUUAUGAAGAAGAAUAUGGCUCAAGCCUGGAAGAUGACGUGGUGGGCGACACUUCAGGUUUCUACCAGAGGAUGUUGGUGGUUCUCCUUCAGGCUAAUAGAGACCCUGAUGCUGGAAUUGAUGAAGCUCAAGUUGAACAAGAUGCUCAGGUUCUGUUUCGGGCUGGAGAACUUAAAUGGGGGACAGAUGAAGAAAAGUUUAUCACCAUCUUGGGAACACGAAGUGUGUCUCAUCUGAGAAGGGUGUUUGACAAAUACAUGACUAUAUCAGGAUUUCAAAUUGAGGAAACUAUUGACCGGGAGACUUCUGGCAAUUUGGAGCAACUACUUCUUGCUGUUGUGAAAUCUAUUCGAAGUAUACCUGCCUACCUUGCUGAGACCCUCUACUAUGCUAUGAAGGGAGCUGGGACAGAUGAUCACACACUCAUCAGAGUCGUGGUGUCCAGGAGCGAGAUUGAUCUGUUUAACAUUAGAAAGGAGUUUCGGAAGAAUUUUGCCACCUCUCUUUAUUCCAUGAUUAAGAGUGAUACAUCUGGGGACUAUAAGAAAGCCCUCCUGCUGCUCUGUGGUGGAGAAGAUGACUGAGGUGCCACCAGGACAGUGCUCCCUGCUCCCUGCUCAGCACCUGCACAGCCCCACUGCCUCCCUCAGCACGUCCAGCUGCACUUCUUAUAUGCCAGGGCUUAGCACAUCGCCUUAAUCACACUAUACGCCGAUGACCACAUACCUGUCGUAAGAUAAAAUAGCGGUGCUUCCUUCUGAUCUUUGGUUAAGUUCUUACUAUCUCUUUGGCUGCUGUAGUACCAAAGUGUACUUACAUUACCAAGUCCAAUGUAUGGGUCAUUUGUGUUUUCUUUUAAGAUGUCAGUUUGCUUUUAGCCUUUUAAAAACCUUCCUUUAUAUUAAAUGGAUAACCGUUUUACCUUAAUCAGAACCUUAGCUUUGAAAUUGUGAAUUCCUGAAAGUGUUACUAGUCAAGUUUGUUACUAUACUAAACCUGAAAAAUUAUGGUGGUUGUAUUCAAAAAAAUUGAUGAGAAAUAAAAAUGACCAACAUACCUGUCA